AUGAUUUGGGUCGCGUUUUUACCCCUUUUGGCUUCGUGCGCUCUCGGAAACAGGACCACAGAGCAGGUGCCGUUCUUUCACGGGCAUGUAUUUGAGAACUCGUCUCCGGGCUCCCGGGUCAACGGACUGAGCGUCCCGUUAAAGCGGCUCAACUCGCAGAGGCUGUGCGGUACCGGGGGAUCCGGCUCAGCGGCAGCACACUUUAAACUCCUAGGAGAUGGGAGCGAGAAUUUCCGUGUCUUUGCGCACCACAAACGAGGUCAUAUUUUAUUGAAGACUUGUGGGGUUCUGGACCGGGAGGAGCGGGCUGAAUACGCACUGGGUCUUGGUUUGUGUUGUGGGCAAUGCGCGGGACUCUCCCGGGAAGAUGAAGGGGACACUCUGGUAGUCGCUGAGGUGGCAUCGAUCAAGGUGGACGUCUUGGACACCAACGACCACCAGCCCACGUUCCCCGGGGCCGAUGUGAAACUGAGCCUGGAUGAUGCCACUGCGCUUCGCACAGCGAUCUACACGGUUACCGCGCGGGACGAUGACAGCGGCAAGAACGCGGAGCUCAUCUACUUCGCCCUGCCCAAAAACGGGAGUUUCUACGCGGUGCCCAAAACGGGGGACAUCCUCCUGGUGGACUCCAUCCUCGGUCUGGAUGAACCGAUUAAGUUUAAAGUGUUUGCCCGGGACCGCGGGUGGCCACCUCGCACGAGCCAGAGCGUUGCUGUUGAGAUCAGUCCACGGCAAUGGCCCUUGGCGCCCUCGCCGAACCCCCAACAGGGGAGACGGGAACCUAAAUCGCAAAUGAAAGCACCAGAGCGAAAGUCCAGGUCAGUGAUGGAAUCAGACAGCCCCGUUUUCAUCAACGUGUCCGAGGACGCGGGUAUCGGUUCAGUGGUGAUGAACCUGAACCCGGUGAGGUUUCAGUCGGCAGCGUUUGAGCUGGUGGAGCCCGACGCGGAGAGCUCACCGGUAAGCGUGAGCCGGGACAGCGGGGAUAUAGUCAUAUCAAGGAGACUGGACCGAGAGACUGAGCCUCUGGUGGAAAUCACCGUCAAAGUUCAGGAUAAAAGAGGUCCGGAGUGGUACUUGGUCAGAGUGGAGUUGACUGUGACCGAUGUGAAUGACAAUGUCCCAGAAUGGAGCAUGGUUCCUACUCCCUACCUUGCUGUGGUUUCCCCUGAUGCCCCUGCAGGCUCGCUGGUCUACAAGCUCCACGCUCAGGACGGGGAUGAAGGCAACAACGGCGAAGUGGAGUACUUCCUGUCUGAUGGUGGUGAUGGACGGUUUGAAGUGGACAAAAAGAGCGGCCAGGUACGGACUACCGGCCUCCCCCUGCAGCAGGACAGGGAGUACCUGCUGACAGUGGUGGCUGCUGACCGGCUUGGCAGCCGUAGCGCCCCCGCUGUCGUCUCUGUGGUGGCUGGAGCCCGGCCGCCACAGUUCACAAACGCUUCCUUCACCAUUGCCAUCCCGGAAAAUACCCCUGAAGGACAGCCCUUCCUGGUCACACCUGCUGUGUCCUUCCAGAAGAAACCAAUCAGCUACAGCCUUCUCAUCAAUCCCAGCAGUCUCUUCUCCAUCUCAGCAGAGACUGGUGAAAUCAGCCUGACCCGUCCUAUCGACUACGAGAGUGACCAGCAUCGCUACUUGCUAUUGGUGCGAGCCAGCGAGGGCCUGGACAGCAUGAGCAGUGCAGCAGAGGUGCGUGUUGUUAUUGUCGAUGAAAACGACUGUGUUCCAGAGUUCCUUCAGUCCAUUUACAGCAAGGAUGGUGUACCGGAGACUGUUACAACGGCAACCUCCCUGCUGCAAGUGUCAGCCAGUGACUGUGACUCAGAGGAGAAUGCAGAGUUGACCUACUACACACUGAGUCCAGACUUUACCAUUUCCCCUCAUGGGACCAUUUUCCCUGCUGGGCCUCUGGACUACGAGAGACCUAACCACUUGUACGAGUUUGUCGUGAUGGCAAUUGACAAAGGGGAGGUCCCUCGCACUGGCACAACUACAGUGCGGAUUCGAAUGGCUAACGUGAACGAUGAAGCACCUGAGUUUUCCCAACACAUAUAUCGGACGUUUGUCUCAGAGGACGCCGGCCCCAACACGCUUGUUGCCACGGUGCUAGCGAAGGACCCCGAUGGGGAUGGGAUCACAUAUAAGAUUACCACAGGCAACGAGGAGGGCAACUUUGUCAUUGACAGCCAAAAAGGUUUGAUCCGUCUGCGCUCCAGCCCGCCGCCACACCUCCAAGGUGUUGAAUAUGUCCUAAACGUUACAGCAACGGAUGACAACGCCUCAGGCGGACCUCAGGCCUUGUCAUCCACGGCCCAAGUCAUAGUGGGAGUAGAUGAUGUGAAUAACAACAAGCCCGUCUUUGAGAAGUGUCAGCAGUACCGAGAGAGCACAUCAGUCCUGGAGAACCAGCCAGCGGGGACGUUCGUUCUGCAGGUUCAUGCUGUGGAUGCUGAUGAGGGCUCCAAUGGCAGGGUCACAUACGGCUUUAUGCACAAAGACUCCACUGUGCCUGCAUUCAGUAUACACCCCGACACCGGAGUAAUUGUGACAGCCAGGAAAUUUGACCGCGAACGCCAACGGGAGUAUGCAGUGACAGUGACUGCCACUGACCAGGCAGCUGACCCACUGAUUGGCAUUUGUCAGCUCAACAUCCUCAUCCUGGACCAGAACGACAACAGUCCUAAGUUUGAGAACAUCCGAUAUGAGUACUUCCUUCGUGAGGAUACAAUGAUCGGGACUAGUUUCUUGCGGGUGGCAGCUCAUGACGAUGACUUUGGCACCAAUGCAGCCAUCACGUACUCUAUGUCCAGUGAACAGCCGGAGUACCUCAGGGUCAAUCCCCUGACAGGCUGGGUGUAUGUCAACCAGCCCAUUUCUCAGAGGACCUACAUCACCAGGGAAAUUGUGGCUACAGACGGGGGGAACCGGAGCAGUUCAGUGGAGCUAGCCGUUACCAUCACCAACGUUAAGAACCAGCCUCCACAGUGGGAGAAAGACAGCUACAGCGUGGUCAUACCAGAAAACACUGUCCGAGACACACCAAUCGUGACCAUCAAAGCCACCUCCCCUCUUGGGGAUCCCAGGGUAACCUACAACUUGGAGGACGGCAUGGUCCCAGAGACCAACAUGCCAGUUCGCUUCUACUUGACCCCCAACCGAGAAGAUGGUUCAGCCUCCAUCCUGGUAGCAGAGCCCUUGGACUACGAGACCACCAGGAACUUCAUGCUGCGGGUCCGAGCUCAGAAUGUCGCUGCUGUACCACUGGCGGCCUUCACUAUGGUCUAUGUUAAUGUCACAGAUGUAAAUGACAACGUCCCAUUUUUCACUUCGUCCAUCUAUGAGGCCUCAGUCACUGAAGGAGCAGAAUCAGGAACUUUGGUUUUCCAGGUUUCAGCCAAUGACCUCGACUUGGGUCUCAAUGGCAAGAUCUCCUACUCCUUGUUAGAGGAUCGCAGUGGGGACCAUCAGUAUUUCCGUAUUGACCCAGAGCUGGGAUUCAUCUACACUCAGACUGUAUUUGACCGCGAGACUAAAAGCUCAUACCUGUUGGAGGUUCAGUCUGUCGAUGGCUGGGAGUCGGCACGGCCUGGCAAACAUGGACAGCCCAAUUCUGACACGGCAUAUGUUCGCGUUUUCAUCAGUGACGUGAAUGAUAACAAGCCGGCUUUUGCACAGGCGUCCUAUGAAGUUGAUGUGGACGAGGAUGCUGAUGUUGGCUUCGCCAUACUCACUGUCAGUGCCAAUGAUGGGGACGAAGGGGGAAACGCUAAGCUUCGCUACCAGAUCACGUCAGGGAACACAGGAGGUGUGUUUGAUGUUGAACCAGAGGUGGGCACUAUCUUUAUCGCCCAGCCUCUAGACUAUGAACUGAACAAAAGGUACAAGCUUCAUGUCCUGGCUUCAGAUGGAAAGUGGGAGGAUUACACAACAGUGACAGUAAAUGUGGUUAACAAAAACGACGAAGCUCCGGUGUUUACCGUUAACGAGUACUACGGCAGCGUAACAGAGGAGCUGGAUGGCUCGCCGGUGUUUGUGUUACAGGUAACAGCGUCUGACCCAGAUAAGGAUGCUGACCAGGAGGCCCUGCGUUACUCUCUCCAUGGCCAGGGUGCAGAGAGUGAAUUCAUAAUUGAUGAGGUCACAGGCAAGAUCUACGCCCAGCGGACACUGGACCGUGAGGAGCGUGCCGUGUGGCGUUUUGUCGUCUUGGCCACAGACGAGGGCGGCGAAGGUCUGACAGGCUUCACCGAUGUCAUCAUCAAUGUUUGGGACAUCAAUGACAAUGCGCCUGUCUUCACCUGUGCACCCAGCUGCCACGGAGACGUGGCAGAGAACUCUGUAGUGGGGACAUCUGUGAUGGAGAUGACAGCCACCGACCUGGACGACUCGGCGGUCGGGCAGAACGCUGUGCUCUCUUACAGGAUUAUGGGUAGUUUAGAUGCCACCAACAUCGGGGUGGGAGGAGUGCCUACCUUCUCAGAAAUGUUCACUAUCAACCCCACCACAGGGACAAUCAGUGUAGCCAUGGGCGGUCUGGACAGAGAGCAGGUCGAGUCCUACCUUUUGGUUGUGGAGGCCAGAGAUGGGGGAGGGAUGACAGGAACUGGAACUGCUACCAUUCAGAUCAAGGAUGUAAACGACCAUGCUCCAAGAUUCACAGAUCACUCCUGCCUGGCGAGGAUUUCUGAGAAUGCAGAUCCCAAUGCUGAGGUCCUGGAGCUCGCUGCAGAGGACAGAGACACUGGAGAAAAUGCCCAGCUGACCUUUAGUGUUGUAGCUGGAGACCAAGAGCAGAAGUUCUACAUGGUCAGUCACAAGCAGGAGCAGCGCGGCACCCUGAGGCUUAAAAAACGCCUGGACUAUGAACGACACAGUGAGCAGAGGUUCAACCUCACUCUGAAGGUUGAAGACCUGGACUUCUCCAGCCUUCUGCACUGUGUGGUGGAGGUGGAGGACUAUAAUGACCACGCUCCUGUCUUCAUUCCACACUUACUGUCACUUGCCCCUCUACCUGAGGACAUCUCCGUGGGAACCAGUGUGGCACAUUUGGUUGCCAGUGACUCUGAUUCAGGCCAGAAUCGCGAGAUCACCUAUAGCCUAUCUGAGGACUCAGAUCCUGAAGGGCUGUUCACCAUUGACCAGUCCGGUGUACUCUCUGUGGCCCGGCCUCUGGAUCGGGAGGGGAUAGCACAGCAUCACUUGGUUGUCAUAGCAACCGAUCAUGGGAUUCCACCACUAACAGGCAGUGCCACAGUCCAGCUGCCUCUGUUAGAUGUAAAUGAUAAUGGACCAGAGUUUGAGGCGUCAUACUCCCCGAUAGUCUUUGAGAAUGUGGCCGGACCACAGGUAGUAAGGUUGAACCAAACUUCGACCCUCCUCCGAGCCGUGGACCAGGACUCUCCAGAGAAUGGCCCACCCUUCCACUUCACUGUCCCCUCUGAGUAUCGCCACAGCAAUGAUUUCUACCUCCAGGACAACCUAAACGGCACAGCGACCCUAACAGCCCUGAGGACGUUUGACCGUGAGCGGCAGAAAGAGUUCCUUAUUCCGAUCAUUAUGAGCGACAGUGGCCAUCCAGCCAAAACGGUGACGAGCACCCUGACAGUGACCAUCGGUGACCAAAAUGAUCACGCACAUGUAGCGGGGGAGAAGAAAAUUUUCAUCAAUAGUCACAGAGGCCGUAUGCCAACUACGGUGCUUGGAAAGGUCUAUUCUCCUGAUCCCGAUGACUGGGACAACAAGACAUAUGUCUUUGAAGGACACGUGCCAAGUUAUUUUAUCCUGAACAAGCGAACUGGUUUCCUGAUCAUCAAGGAGAAUGCCCCACCUGGCACCUACCAGUUCCAGGUCCGAGUGUCCGAUGGAGUUUGGCCAGAUGCUGUCUCUACUGUCACUGUGCAUGUGAGGGAGCUGCGAGACGAGGCCAUAUACAACUCAGGGUCUCUCCGCCUGGCAGACAUCAUAGCAAAGGAGUUCAUUGAACUGAGAGGGAAGCAGCGGAGCCGCUACGAGCUGCUGGUGGACUUCCUGUCUGAGAUGCUCUCUGUUCCACCUGAUGAUGUCAACAUCUUUAGCCUAAUGGAUGUGAAGGAGCGAAUGCUGGAUGUUCGUUUUGCUGUGCAUGGUGGCCCCUCCUUCCUCCAGCCUGAGAAAAUGCAUGGGUAUCUGGCUGCCCACAAACAAAAGCUCCAGUCAUUCCUGCAGAUCAGCGUGUUCCAAAUCCGGGUAGACGAGUGUCCUGGUUCAGAGUGCGCCGGGGCCAGUGGCUGCACCAAUGUUUUGAAUUUGCGGGACACACCCACAGUGGUGGAUUGUGGGACGAUGAGUCUUGUAUCUGUAACAGUGGAAUCCACAGCUGUAUGCUCCUGCCCGGGUAGAGAGCAGUCCCACCAGCCCUGCACCGCAUAUCCCAGAAACCCCUGCUUCAAUGGUGGCGUGUGUGUGGACACUCAGCACGGCUACAGGUGCCAAUGCCCAGCUCAGUUCGAGGGGCCUGAGUGCCAGCAGAACAAGCACAGUUUCCAUGGCAACGGCUAUGCCUGGUUUCCUCCCAUAAUGCCUUGUUUUGAGAGCCACGUGUCGCUGGAGUUCAUCACGGACGUGGUUGAUGGACUGCUGCUGUACAGCGGCCCCUUAGCCCAGCUGCAGGCCUGGGACCACGAGGACUUCAUGGCCAUAGAGCUAAUAGAUGGAACCCCCACCUUGAAAAUCAACCACGGCUCUGGCACAGUGGUGCUACAGUUGCCAGGCAACGUGAAUGUGGCAGACAGGCGGUGGCAUCGGCUGGAUGUCCGCAGCAACAGCAAGGAAGUACGCUUCACCCUGGAUCGCUGUUCAGGGGCAGCGGUAAUGGAAAUGGAGGGACUGGGCAGCUGGUUGACUACCGAGGACCACUCUUCCUGUGAAGUGACUGGCGUUACACCAAACACUGACAGACACCUCAACAUGAGCCACGUGCUCCAGCUCGGCGGUGUGAAUGAGGACAUUCCCUACAUCUACCCUCAGCUCCAGCACAAACACUUCACCGGCUGCAUCCGCAACCUCAUCGUGGACAGCAAGCUGUAUGAUUUGGGCUCCCCGGCCGACUCACAGUCCAGCUCUCCAGGCUGCCUGACCACCGAUAGCAGCUGUGUCAACAUGGGCUAUCCGUCCUGCGGCCACCGUGGUCGCUGUCACGGCGAGUGGGGCUCCUUCAGCUGCCAGUGUGUGCCGGGAUACACAGGACACCAGUGUGAAGAGGAGGUCCCAGAGUAUUCCUUUGAUGGGCACAGUCACGUGCACUACCAGCUGGCGUCCCCGCUCCCGGCCCGGAGGACAUGGGUUCAAGUCCUGGUUAGAACUCGUAAACACAGCAGCACCAUCCUAUAUCUGAUCUCAAAGGAGCAGAUUGAAUACAUACGACUCGAGAUCUUUCAGGGACUCCUCUGUGUUUUCUACAACCUUGGUGACGGGGACUACAAUCUAACCCUGCCCACCUAUCGCCUCGACAAUGGCGAAUGGCACGAGGUCUUCCUAGAUCGGCAUGACAAUGAGAUGAUGCUGCAGCUCGACGGUGGCGGAGGGCAGCGGGAGGUCACAGGACUGCGGGGCCGAAGCAGAGAAAUCAUCAUUGACCCCACUGUGGUGAUGCUGGGAAACACCUUCCCCUCUGGAAUCAACAAGAGCUUCCAGGGCUGCAUGAGGGACAUACGCCUCAAUGGUCGCUACAUGCCACUGGACAGCCAGCCGCGAGAUGGGGUUUCCCAGGUCAGCGUACAAGGCCUCUCCCUUGGGUGCUCGUCUGACUCGUGCAAAAGGAACCAAUGUAGCCCCCCCUUCACCUGUGUUGACUUGUGGAGAGUGCACGAAUGCAGAUGUCCUCCUGGCCACAUGGUCCGUGUGAACGGGACCAGAAAGUCCUGUGUCUACACGCUCUGUGCCACACGGCCUUGUCAUCGGGGGACCUGUGUGGCCCAGUCGCCGUCCAAAUUCACCUGCCACUGCCCAGAGGGUUAUAGAGGACGCCACUGUGAGACGACACUGGCCAUUUACCGGGAGGACGUAGGCCUGAGCUUCAGCUCCCUCUUCGCCAUCUGUAUCUGCUUCAUGGCCUUACUAGUGCUGCUGUUGGGCAUUUUCCUCUACACUCGCUGGAGGAGCUACAAGGGGCUGAAGGAGGGCGUCUACCACGUCUCAGCCCACCAUGACGGCUGGGAGGACAUCCGAGAGAACGUCCUCAACUAUGACGAGGAGGGAGGCGGGGAGGAGGACCAGUCCACCAGGCGCGUGCCCGAGCCUCGCACUCGGCACACCAGCAACACACACCUACUGAGACCCAAAAGCCCCUCCGUCAACAAGAGGGACGUCCCCCCCACCAGACUUCCGGCCCAGGGCCAAACCCGCCCCUCCCAGCUGGCCCGCCGCUCCCUCUCUUUCUCCAGCCAGGACCUGGCCCGCUACCUGUGUGAGAUCAUACGCGAUGCCGACCAGCAUCCGGACACGGGGCCUUUCGACUCCCUGCAGGUCUUCUCCACAGAGGGAGGGGGCUCGCCGGCCGGCUCUCUGAGCUCCUUCAGCUCAGCGGGGCUGGACGGAGGGAGCAGCGGAGACGGGGCAGGGGAGGGAAGGAGAGAGGAGACGCUCGGGGAGUGGGGGCCCCGCUUUGAGAAGCUGCGGGCACUGUACGAGCGAGCCGAGGCCAGCGACCUUUGAGCUCAGACACACACAGACCAGACUGAUGAUAGGACCCUGAUAGCGGGCCGUCCGGAAACAAUCAAUUAGCGGACGCUUAGCGGCAACCGAGGUGGGAGAACAGCGAGAGACUGACUGACAGAGAGACUCGCUCGGCACCCCUUACUCACUGACACAGAAGGUGUUGUAUUUACUGGAUGAUGAGCCCUGUCAAUCAACACGGUGGCCUAACACACACAUCAAAGUGCCCCUGUGAAAAGAGCCUGUUGCUCUGCGCUGCCUCUACCUUGGAUGACAAUUUCGCAGGGGCAGACGUUAUCAAACCUGCCAGUCAGGUUAAAGGCUUCAGAACGUCACCCUCUACCUGGGCUACUCAUCAUGAUGGAGCUUAGCUUCACUGUCGGAAAAAUGUGUUCCAGUCACAGCCACUAAAACCCCAAAUUUCCUCUAUUUUCUAACACUCAUCGUGAGCAGCUCUGGAUGAGUGUCAGCUGAAGGCCUAAAAUGUGACGUGAAAAUCUUUUGGCAAUGUUUUUUUUUUUAUAUACCUGUGCAAAUCAAUGCCACACAAAACAUAUUUUUAAAGACACUGCUGCUGAAUGAAAUCUUUGUAAAUAAAGAAGGACUAUCCCACAUUGCACCGUUCCAUGAAAAGACAGUGAAGAAGAGUGGGAUCAUACUGAGUAGCCCAUACAAUACAGAGUUUGGAUUUUCAGUAUAUAGUGGACACAUUGUGUUCUCGCUGCCUGGCUGUACACAGCUUCUGUCAAUGUUUGUAUGAGAAAAAAAGUGCUUCGACCAUCACUGGGUUGCAGGGUGAGAUUUUUUUUCUUUUCUUUUUUCUGGUAAUGUGUCUUUCGCUGGGUUGAGUAAUUCUGUAUUGGUUGGGUGUUUCAAGUUUCAACGGUCCGUGGGUUGUAAGACAUCAAGCUUUCUACUUACUACUGCGCCCUCGUCUUCGUGUGAUUUCCUAUUCUCAUUCGCACUCCUCUGCCGCUCGCUCCUCCUCACUCGGGGGAAGGUUGCACGAAAAUUCAAACAGCUUUGUAAUGAAGAAAUGGGAGCAGACGUGCGGACUGCGGGAGGGAGGAAAUACUUGCUCUGUUGCUCUGUUCUGCGUACGCUCUUCCUCAGGCAUACCAAAUGUGGCGUCUGCGAGAGACUACUUUAACAGACAAUUGCUCGGUAGAAUACAAACUAUGUCAAACGCCUUUCCAAGGUGACUACUCAAUAAAUACAAACACAAAGAGGGGGAGGAUGAAGGAGAUUUAUAAUGACUAUUCAUAUAUAGGCCUGAGCUGUGCAAUCCACACACAUUUAUCUGUUGGCCCUCGCUAAAUUUCAGUGUGAUAAUUGUGAUUGUGGGGACUGAUAGAAAAUUGCAAAGAAAUAACUGCAGUUAUUAUCCUAGCUGUGAAUAGUCAGCACAGUGGCAAACAUUCCGAUUAUUUGGCUUUAGUCACACUCGGAUUGACGGCUCAUUUUGGAGAGAUUCUUUCCCCCUCAUAUAUAAAAAAGAUUCCCUGCUGUUGUGGAACCAGUGAGGACAAUUUGUCUCAAAAGAACAAAAAGGCAAAGAACAAUAAGAGGCAGUGAAGGGGAAGAAGAGAGUCUGAAAAGAACCUGUUCUUUUCACCUUUGAUAAGAGCGAUGAUUACAGGUUAGAGGGUUGAAUCAGAGAGCAAAUGAGGAAGGGAGGCAGAGAGGAACCAUCUUAUCAAGUGCUUGGUGGUGAAAUGUGCCACCAGUGCACCAUGGAGCUCAGCAGGGAGCUGUAGAGAUGGGGGGGAUGCUGGGAGUAAUGGUUUUCUGCAGAAACGGUUUGUUGCACAGCAAAUGGCAUAAAUACAAAAGUCAUGUGUCCACACCUCCUCCCUCUCCCCACAGUUCUCCCAAAAAGCCAACCCUGGCUGACACUUCAGCUGCCGUAUUCUGCUGCAAGAAGCAGCAGCGCUCUUUUUAUUCGUCUUUACGCUGGCAGAGCCGAGCCUGACAGCAGAGAGCAGUUAAAGGGUAGGAGUGUUUGAAAACACGUCAGGCCACUAAUCCUAAUAGGAACUGAUGGCUUGCUGUCAUGCUGGAAAAAACCAAAGGAUUGCGGGUACUUUCAAAAAAAAAAAAAAAAAA